CCUCUCCUCCUACCAGUGCCACAGACCCGGAGCCGGAGCCGCCACCGCCACAGCCACGGACACUAUGGCUUCUGGAGUUACAGUGAAUGAUGAAGUCAUCAAAGUUUUUAAUGAUAUGAAAGUAAGAAAAUCUUCUACACAAGAGGAGAUCAAAAAAAGAAAGAAAGCUGUUCUCUUCUGUUUAAGCGAUGACAAAAGACAAAUAACUGUAGAGGAAGCAAAGCAGAUCUUGGUGGGUGACAUUGAUGAUACUGUAGAGGACCCCUACACAUCUUUUGUGAAGUUGCUACCUCUGAAUGAUUGCCGAUAUGCUUUGUACGAUGCCACCUACGAAACAAAAGAGUCUAAGAAAGAAGACCUAGUAUUUAUAUUCUGGGCUCCUGAGAGUGCACCUUUAAAAAGCAAUAUGAUUUAUGCUAGCUCUAAAGAUGCCGUUAAGGGGCGCCUGGAUGCCAUUAAAAAGAAAUUUACAGGUAUUAAACAUGAAUGGCAAGUAAAUGGCUUGGAUGAUAUAAAGGACCGUUCAACACUUGGAGAGAAAUUGGGAGGCAACGUAGUAGUUUCACUUGAAGGAAAACCCUUAUAAAGUGCCAGUCAAGUGCCAUCUGGAUCUUAAGGAGCUUCCAUUUCUCCAGCUCAAUCAAUUGAAAUAGUGUUAGGUGUUUUUUGUUUCUGUUUUUUUUUUUUUUUUUUCCUCUUCCCACUGGGUCCUUCCAAUACAGUGAAUGAAGGAAAUACCAUUCAUGUAAGCAGCCUAUCAGUGAUUGCCAUUAGACUGUUUAAUACUGUUACUUUUAUGUAGAACCCAAGGAAUGCCUUCCCGUCAUAUUUUAGCCAAAACAACUGGGUAUAUGCCUCCCUUGCAGCAAGCACUACAAUGAAAGUGAUUGUCAAUGUGAAUAGCUUAGAAUACUGCAAAGGGUAAACUGAUUGAAUGCCUUGAAAGUAUUAUCCACUGGUCAGAUGGUAAACUUUAUUCAGUAUUAUUUAUAGUUGCACUUGAUUGCAGUUCUGUGAGGCUUGAGCAUUCAUACACCUCAUCUGCCUUGACAAGCCUAUUUUUGUGACAUGGCAGCACAGAUAUAACACUAUGCAUUGAAAGCACUUUUUUUGUAAUGAGUUUAACUCACUCUCCAUCCCCCAAAAGGAAUGCCAAUUAAGUUUUGUUAACAGUGUCACCAGCUUAUCCUAGUACCUCAGUAUUCAUUCCUGUUACCUGCAUAUCUUAAAAGAAACAGCUGUUAAUGCCUUUUUGUUUUCCAUUGAGCGUACACUACUGAAUAAGUGUAGGAGUUUACGUUUACCAUGUAAGUUUGGCAACACUAAAAAUAUUUUGAAUAUCAGUCAUGAUGGCAAUUUCUGUAUAAAAGAGCCUUAAAUGGAA